AGACGCUGAUUGGCUGUUCAUUCAGACCGGAGAACCGGAAGUAGUCUCAGAAGGGGAGAAGGCAAACUGAUAUUUUCGUUUAAUGCAGCCUACUAUUAGUGUGUGAGUUAUACAAGUGUCUUAUGAAAUGUGUAAUUGUAUUCGCGGAUGUUCUUCGUCGACAUGAGCUUGGUUUAGGAUGUCAAGGGAGGACAUUGAACUUGCCGGUGGAUAAAGACGCCAAACAUUUCCAUAUUCUCUGUCUUAGGCCGUCGAAUGUCUUUGACACUGACAGCUAUGAGUGACAGCGCCAUAACCAGCAGGCACCAACAAUGGUCAGGGGUUGGGCAAACACAGCCGCCUCUCCGUGGCCCCUAUAUCUCAGUCAUCACCAACAGAACCACCAACCUUGUGAUACGAGGAGCCAUGCUGUUCUCUGUGGGUGUCUUCCUGGCCCUGGUGCUGAACUUACUUCAAGUACAAAGAAACGUUACUCUCUUUCCCCCUGAUGUCAUCAGCAGUAUCUUCUCUUCCGCCUGGUGGGUGCCACCCUGCUGUGGCAUGGCCUCAGCAAUGAUUGGACUGCUGUACCCCUGCAUCGACAGACAUCUGGGUGAGCCUCACAAGUUCAAGCGAGAAUGGUCAAGUGUGAUGCGCUGUGUGGCUGUGUUUGUGGGAAUCAACCACGCCAGUGCUAAAGUGGACUUUGCCAACAACAUCCAGCUGUCUCUGACUUUGGCAGCACUCUCCAUUGGUCUAUGGUGGACAUUUGACCGCUCACGUAGCGGCUUCGGCUUGGGGAUCAGCAUAGCCCUGCUGGCAACACUGGCCACUCAACUCCUGGUUUACAAUGGAGUCUUUCAGUACACUUCUCCAGAUUUCCUGUACAUUCGCUCCUGGUUACCUUGUAUCUUCUUUGCAGGGGUGAUAACGAUGGGGAACAUAGGACGGCAGCUAGCCUUGUAUGAAUAUAAGUUCAUUCAAGAAAAGACCCAUCAGGACUGAGGAAUCACUUGGUUCCAUUUGGCCUCUACUCACAAUGGCAUUGUCUCUGUAUCAACCUGAAGCCAGUUACAGGUUAUCAGAGAAAAUCUGAGGCUUACACCAGACCAGGACCCAGGUGCCAUGUCAAACGAGCCCCACUCCUGAUGGGCUGCCCAUUGCUUUUCGUUGGACCAGACAGUAUUUUUGAAUGGUUUUCAUCAGGCCAUUCAGAGCUUGGAGCGGUUAGUGGCUACAAUGUAACGUGAGCUGAGGUGAACAGUGAGAGAAUUUGUUGCAUUUUUUCUUUGGUGCAUUUUAUCUUUACUCAUCUGGAGAGAGAUUAACAGCCCAGCUGAUGUAGUUCUUCAGAUCAGCUCAGAUGUUAAAAAUCUUUGGCUACAUUAUGCCAAACAAACUCUUAUCACCUAAGUCGGUCAAAUCCUUCCUGAAUCAGUGGAGAACAUGCAACUUAUUGAAUUUAUAUUGAGAAAGAUAUGCAUUUACACCAGACCUUGUAUUGUAUGUAAUUAGCUUAUAUCUAUACUUAAACGUUCUUGAUAAUGGAAGGAUGCUGUGUACUGUAUGUGCAGUGGUCACCUUCAGCGGAUUUUUCGACCUAACCACACUGAUACGUACAGUAUCAUAGGAUUCAAAUGAAAGGUAAAAUGAAUAAAGACAGCUUUUUUAUUGACUACAAAUCUCUGAGGUUGGAAGUGAAUUUGUUUCAUCCAGACAUGACAACACUUUUAAUCACAUUAAGAAUUUUUCUCAGGAAAUCACAUUAAGGUUUUUAAAUACGUGCCUAAAUUCAGGGAACAACAUUUUAGCCAUCUCAGUUGCUUGUUAAAAAGGUUAAAAAGCCAAAUUUCUGAGCUUAUUGUCUUCUUUCACCACUUGAUUGGAACUUGUUGGAUUCCUUUUCAAACCAUGAGACAGUAUCAAUUAUAAUUCUUAAUGAUGUUGCUAAAUAGACAUUAAAUAAAAUAUCGCAUGUUUGGUAAGAUUGUAUAGGCAAACGUUUACUGGACAUGUACAUUGGAUUUCUUUGCUCUGAGUUUGUUUGAAAAAUUCACUAUAGAAGAACUGACUUUAAUGGAGGAAUACUUUGUUGAUCUUGCCCACGAAGAAAACCUAUUAAAUCAGUCUUAAGCAUUUCUUUAUAAUGUAUGAUUGGAUGUUAAAUGGACAUUUUUAUCACAAUUUCUUGGGGAUAAAAUAUGAAUACAAUUAGCAUUACCGCAUUUUAAUCAGAACCAAUAAAAGCAGUGUUAUUGUCUUGCUCCACAAUACAUGUUUGAUGAUCUGGAAAAAAAAAUUCGGGCAGCAUAUUUUAAAUCAGCAUUGUUUAACUUUUGUCGAAUACGUGAUAUUUUGAAGUCCUUAAAGGGAUAGUUCACCCAAAUAUCGAUUGUUUCAAAACAAACAUUAAUGUCGGGGCUUGCGGACACUUGAAUGACACCACACGAGCAGUAUUGAGGCCUGUUGUGUUUUUUUACAUCAAAAGUCUCAGUCACCAGUUACUUCAAUUGUGUCGGAUUCUGCUGCAACGCUGUCUACCCUUGAAACCCCAGAAGUAUUUUUUGGACUCAAUGAUUCACUCACCCCUCCAUCUGCAUAGUGGUGAGAAGAUAAUGGGUGAAUUUAAAUAUUUCGGUGAACUAUCCCUUUAAAAACUAAUUGUAUAGUGGUUUUAUUCAUUUGAACAACUUCUGAAAUUUGAACUAAAUUUUGAAAUCAAUUUCUUGAAUGUAAUAAAAACUGAAAUUUGGUAACUGC